UUUGGAAAUGGCAGAUACUAGAAAUCUUUGAAAAGUAAUCCAUUGAGGAAUAGGAUUCUUUCUAGUAUUCUUCUCUUAUGCAACAUGUCAAAAUAUUGCAGCUCAAGUAUAUGACCAGCAUGGGUAUGGGUCACUUGGGUUUUACAGUAUAAGCAUGGUCUAUGCUUUAUUCUCUCUCAGUAGUAUUAUUUGACCGAAAUGGAUCAAGAAAUGGGGACCAAUCAAAUCAAUGGCUAUUGGAUCAUUCUGAUAUUUUAUAUGGGUAUCUAGUUGCAUACUUCCUGUAUUGAUAGACAACAAAUCCAUUAUAGGAUAUUCGAUCUGGAUAAUCAACUUAAUCACGGGUGGCAUCAAUGGAAUGGGAGCAGCAUUCCUCUGGGUCGGAAUGGGAAAUUAUGUCUCGAAAUGCUCUAAUAAUGACAAUAAAGGCUUUAACUUUGGAGUCAUCUGGGCUUUGUUUGCAUGCAACUUCAUAGUUGGAAAUUUGAGCGCUGCAUAUAUUCUUAAAAAGACAAACCAGACUAUAAUGUUCUUAGUAUUAAGCUGUACAUCUUUAUUGGGAACUUUCACUUUGAUGAUGCUCAGAACUCCACUCCCAUGAGAUAACCCUGAAAAGCAAUUUCAAAACUCUGAAGAAAAUGAAUUCAAAGCUCUUAAAGAGGAAGGCGAUGAUCUUCAAGAAAGAAUUUUAGAUGAUGAUUCGUUAUCUAAAGAAGAGGAGCCAGAGAUUACCUUUGCAACUACUUUUGCACUAAUUAGAACAACAAAAAUGAGGAAGUUGCUGACUCUCAUGAUUUUCGUUGCUAUAAUUAUCGGAUUCAAAGGAGGAUUAUGGUCAAAAUUAAUUUCAAAUAUCAUCGAGGAUGAAGAGCAGAAACUCGUCUCAUCACUUUACUGUUUAUUUUUUAUUGGAAUCGGAGAAGUCUCGUGAGCACUCACUUUAGCAAGAGUUAUUGAUAGGUUAGGGAAGCACUCUAUUCUUGUCCUUCUAACAUUGAUUGUGACGACGAUGACUUCUAUGUUUAUUGUUCACUCCCAACAGAAAUUUGGGUGGCAUUGGUAUGUUGUGUCUUUUCUUCUUGGUGCCAAUGAUAGCUUUAACAACACAUUGAUAAACUCAAUCAAUGGCUCUGAAUUUGAAAAUCAAACAGAACCUUUUGCCUGUUGUAAAUUUAUUGAAGGACUUGUGGUCUUCACGGUGCUGAUCUUCGAGUCUUUCAUCAAAACCAACUUCUUAGGUCAGCAAGUAUUUUUGAUCUUUAUAUGUGCUUACGGAGUCGUAGGUUGAUGUGUAUGCUAUACAUUUCCGUUUAAAGACAAGAAAGACACCACAACGAAGCAUGAAAUGAUAGAGCAGGAGUUGUCAUCUUCAAUUGUUCAGUAGCACAUUAAAAUUCAAUCUUGG